UUCAGCAUUUUUUGCUAGUAGCCAGUUUUGUGUUUACUGUCAACAGGUUUAAGUUUGUUGACAAUUUUAGAAUUUUUGAAUAUUUUUGAGAUUAUAAGGAUUUUGAAUAUUUCGAGAAUUUUGAAUAAAAUUAAGCAACUUUAACUAAAAUUCGAAUAAAAAACCAAAAUGAAUUGUGAAAUAAAAUUUCUUAGGAACAUAAAUGGUGUGUUCUAUGCGGGUAGCCUACUUGAAGGGACUGUAGAAAUAAGUCUAACAGAAUGUGUCAAAAUAAAUUCAAUAAUCUGCAAGAUAAUCGGCUUUGCCAAAUGCGAAUGGACCAUCGACAUCUCCAGAUACAAUCUACAAAAAUACAGCAGCCGUGUAGACUACUUAAACCACAGAAUAACCAUCAUAGAUCCAAACAGCAAUGGCAAUGAACUCACAUCAAGUCUCAACAAUUUUGAUUUCUCAUUCGAACUUCCUUCAUCACUUCCGACAUCAUUCAAGUCAAAGUAUGGAAUGAUAAAAUACAAGAUUCAAGUUGAUUUAAAGUUCGAGAGUCUUUCAAAAUCGGAAAUGUUUUUUGAGCUUCCGUUCAUCGUAAUUUGUCCAAUAAACUUGAAUGAAGCUGUUCCAGCACUCAAAGAUCCUGUUAGGCAGGAAUUGUUAAAGUCAUUUAAUUUCAAUCUAGCAUCAAGUGAUAUUAAUUUAGUUGCAGUCAUUCCGCAAGGUGGAUUUGUCGUUGGACAAUCAAUUGAGGUGCUGAUUCAGGUUGAGAAUUUCGGAAAGACUAGGGUGAAGUAUUUGAAGAUUACAUUGAAAAAGAUUGCUGUGUUUACUAGUGUCAAACCAAAAUUACAACAAAAGAAAGUCUCAGAAAAAGAAGUAAAAGAAGUAAUUUAUCAUGAAAUUCCACCCAAGACAAAUCGAGACUUCCUUCGAGCGAUUUCAAUUCCACCAGUUCCACCAAACAUAGAAAACUGUGAGAUAAUCAGCGUGACAUAUGAACUGAGGAUAAAAGCAAAGACAAUUGGAUGGAACAAAAGUCCAGUGCUUAAAAUUCCAAUUAAAAUUGGAACAAUCCCGAUAAUGAACCAGAAUGUAUUGCUUGAGGACAGUUGGCAUAGGAAAGGGGCACUUCCACCCACUUAUGAGGAAACAUUUCGACUGUCUGCAUCAAUGGACACAUCAAGUGAUGAGGAAUAAUGGUCAAAAUAUUAACGAGCUGAUUAAUUAUGUAUAAUUUGAAUUUUCUAUCAAUUAAAUAACAAUUUAUAAAGUCCAG